GGGGGCGGCUCUGGUGGUGGCGCUGACUCUGGUCGCAAGAAAUAUAUAAAACUGAAGAAGUGGAAGAGCAGCAGCACCACUACAAGGACCAUCACCCCUUCAAGGAUCAUUACCAAACGCAGAAAGACUGCUGCUGGGUCUGUCAUGGUGAUUAUGACAUAAUUAGUCACCAAACUGUAUAAGACCAUUGUCUGUGCCACCAUUGUGUUUUGUACCUAGUAAAUGUAUUAGUCUCGGUCGCUCUAAUAUAAUAAUGAGAAAAAUGUUGAUUGUAUCUAACUAAGUACCAAAAUAAUUAAUCCAAAUUUAUUUGAACAACCAAAUGGGAAGAGAUUUUAACUGAAAAAAUAAUAAAAGGAAAAUAACAAUAAAACUAAACCUAAUCAAGAUAGGAGGUAUUAAGGCAUUGAUUUCAUCAUAAUCAAUCAAUAUAAAUUAUGAAUUAUCAAAUUGAAACAAAAUCCGAUUUUGGACGUUUAACGCAUGGUGUCGAUAACCAGAUCAUGUGUCGACACUACAUCCGUGUCGGGUUUCUGGUCUCUUUUGCAAUUUCUUCAAUGGUAAAAUAACAGAUUUGGUUCCUGACUUCUAGAUUCUGCACAAGUUGAUCCUCAAGUCUCUGAUCUCUUCAAUUUACUUCUAAAAAGUAAGAUUUCUUCCAAUUAAAUCCUUUCCUACACA